CAAUGGUGGGUUCCCCUAAUGUGACCAGCUGUAUUCUAAACAUGUUAGGCAUGCAUACCUUUAUUUGUCUUAAUAGAAAUUUUGCUUUGCUUUUAAACAGAGCAAUAACGUACAUGGCCAGCAUGGAGAGUCUCUCCAUGUAAAAAUAGGUUGUUGGUUGUGUUACUGCAGCGUGCGGGAGUUUUGAGGGAUGUGGUCCCUAGGUUUGGCUCUAGCUAGCCGCAAAGUUAAUGUGCUCUGAAUAAGUAUUUUAGAGAGUGUAGACAGUUUGAGGUUAUGGGGUUUUUUUUGUUCUUCCUGCUGUAGCCCAUAAGGCUAGAGAUACUGCAGAAAGGGAUGCAGGCCAGCAAACAUUACAUGUCCCACUGUGGAAAAAUAUUGGGGUUUUUGAGCUAAGUGGAAAUGCUUUUUCAGCUAUGUUGACUUACCGCUGAGUAAUAGCGGCACUGCAGUCUGCACCCCCACACGUGGCACAAGCACCUCUGUGCAGUAGCUCUACCACUCACAAAAUAUAAGGAGCCUCAAGAAGAGUAACCUAAGUCUGUCCCCGAGUACUUGCUCUGCGACAAAUUCCUCAUUUGCCAUCUUCGGCCACCAUGUCUUCUAGAAACAUGGCUGGCCAACACAUUCUUCCUCAAGCUUUGUAUCAGAGCAAUAUGCUGAAAGCCAUGAAGAUUAGAGAGAGGACACCUGAAGAUCUGGUCAAACCCCCCAGUGGAAUAAUUCACCACUUCAGGACUAUGCACAGAUACACCAUAGAAAUGUUCAGAAUGUGCCAGUUUUGCCCUCAGUUUCGGGAAACACUUCAGAAGGCCCUGACUGACCAGGCCACCCAGACUUCGCUGGAGCGCCAGAGGAAGCUCAACUGGUGCAUGGAAGUUCGGAGACUUGUCCCUUUGAAGACUAAUGGUGAUGGAAAUUGCCUCAUGCAUGCUGCAUCUCAGUACAUGUGGGGUAUUGAAGAUAUAGACCUUGUCUUAAGAAAAACAUUGUUUAGCGCACUCAGGGAGAUAGACACACGGAACUUCAAGCUCCGUUGGCAGCGGGAGGCUAUUAAAUCCCAGGAAUUUGUAGAAACGGGACUCCACUAUGACACCCGGAAUUGGGAGGAGGAGUGGGAAUACCUCAUUGAAAUGACCUCCCCAGAAACAUCCGGGGCUCGAAACAGGCUUCCAUAUAAUGCACUGGAAGAAAUCCACAUCUUCAUCCUUGCUAACAUCCUCAGAAGACCAGUCAUUGUCCUUGCAGAUAAAGUGGUGAGAAGUUUAGAGUCAGGCUCCAGUUUUGCUCCUCUGAACGUCGGUGGUAUUUACUUGCCUCUUCUUUGGCCAGCUGAAGAAUGCUACAGAUACCCAAUUGUGCUCGGCUAUGACAACAUGCAUUUUACACCACUAGUGACUCUGAAGGACAGUGGGCCAGAAAUCCGGGCUGUCCCUUUGGUCACCAGUGAGCGAGGCAGAUUUGAGGAUUUGAGUGUGCACUUUCUGACAGAUGCAGAAGAGAGGGAGAAAGAGCAGCUGCUAAAAGACUACUUGAUCGUCAUAGAAAUUCCAGUGCAAGGUUGGGAUCAUGGUACAACUCAUCUAAUUAAUGCUGCGAAGUUAGAUGAAGGCAACCUACCCAAAGAAAUAAACCUCGUGGAAGAUUACUUUCAGUUGGUACAGCAUGAGUACAAGAAGUGGCAGGAGAAUGCUGAGCCUGCUAGAAGAGAGACCUGCUCCAGAAACAGACAGGAACGGUCUUUUUCCCAGCUCUCCCUCUUACAGGUGAAAUGUGAAACGCCAAAUUGCCCUUUCUACAUGUCUGUGAACACCCAGCCCUACUGCCACGAGUGCUUUGAGCGCAGGUCCCAAGGAAGCAAAGGAAGAAAGCAGACCUCUAAAGCAGCACCUGAGAAACUGAAGGCAGCUGGGUCAGGCUCCUCCCGUGGGGACGUUUGUGAACCUGGGGGAUGGACGUCCGAAGGGCCUGUAACAGGGCCUCGUUCGGCACCUCCAACUGCUCCGAGCCUUUUCCUAUACAGCGAGACCACGGCCAUGAAAUGCAGGACACCAGACUGCCCCUUUACGUUGAAUGUGCAACACAAUGGGCUUUGCGAACGCUGCUACAAUUCCAGACAGCUUGGUCCUUGCAACAACUUGGAUGAUCAGAGACAUUUAGACUAUGCCACAUGCAAAGUGUGCCGUCAGAAGGCCAACAGGACCUUCAACGGUAUAUGCAGCACUUGCUUCAAAAGGUCUACAGAGCUCUCCUCGAACGGCAGCCCCGCUUUCCUGCCCACGUGCCACCAGAGAUCAACGUCUGACCCGUCCCAGAUCUCGCAGAGCCUCCUCCAGCAUUCCUGCCAUCAGGCUCCCAACAGCUGCGGCGAAGAGCCCCCACCGCCAGCACUGCCUCCCGAGGAGAAGAGAGGAGGUAACCUCUGCAGGAAACCUGGCUGCAAGUUUUUUGGGACAUUGCAAAAUGAGGGCUUUUGCACGCUGUGUUUCUUUGAGUACAGGGAAAACCACGACAGUGCUUUGCUACGCCACCAGAGGAGAUCUCAGAGGAAGUCCUCGGCAGUGGGGCAGCCGGGGACCUCCGCUGCCGCCUUCCGUAACACCGUGUCCUGCCAGCGGCGUGACUGCGGCACCCUGGGCAGCACGAUGCUCGAGGGGUACUGCCAGAACUGCUUCAUUAAAGCCCAGAACCAGCGAUUUCAGGAAGCCAGGAGGACAGAAGAACAGCUGGUGAGGCAGCCAGAAAGAACGGGACAGCACAGAGAUUUGCAGCGAGCAGCGUUGAGUAGCCAGAAGAGACAGUGUGCUGUGGCUUCGUGUAGAAACAACCUGGCCUGCAGAAGCGAUGACUUGUGCCAGGAGUGCCAGCGCCUCGGUCAGCUUCCACCGUCGGGGAGUGCCAGGGACCUGGCUGCAGAGGAGCCCCCGAAGCAACGCUGCCGAGCCCCUGCUUGUGAUCACUAUGGCAAUGCCAAGUGCAACGGCUACUGCAAUGAAUGCUACCAGUUCAAACAGAUCUAUGGGUAGCGGCGGGGAGGAGUUGGUAAAGAACAAGAAAGCAAAACCAGCUACUCUCUUCACUGAAAUGGUGCUAUGUCCAAAACACUUAACAGUCCUGGGAGUGGGGAGCAGGGGGAAAUAUAAGCUGUCUGCUAGUAUUCCUGUUUAUUCCCAAGAACAGGAAUAAGUCUCUACUUCCUCUAAACACUGCAUACAAGGACUGCUGAGAAGGGCAGGUUGCCUUCUGCACAGAGCUGUUGUUCAUGACUAAGCUCCUACAACGCUGUAUUUAAUUCUUGGACUUCCCAGGAGGAAGUGUGAAGCAUUUGAAUCCAAAGAACUUCCCAAUUCUGCCUCUCUCUCAAUACAUCACCUGCUCCUAGGUGAGGAGCUGUGGCUACUGUUGGAGGUGCAGGAGCUCUUUGCAUUGGCGUACAUCAGUCAGAGGCAAGUCUUUCCUGAGAGGGAUCCCCCAGGGCAGGCUGAUGCAACUUGCAGUUGAUGUCUGAAGAAACUUGCUUUGGGUUGCCGAUGUCCUUGCUGGUGUUCUUACAGAGCUCAUCAGGCAGGAGCUCCCACAGGCGUUCAGGGUGUUAACGGCAAGCGGUUCUGUGUCUGCAGAGCCCUCGGCAAACCGCAGCCAGAAACAAGACUGGCAGUGGUUUGCUCCUUUAACACGCUUAACCCAACUAGCAUUUAGAUCCUUUCCCAAAUCCCAAGACAGCUGGAAAGACAGGUGAUUACAGAAGCAACUUUCAUGAGCGUACACAUGUGAUGGGAAAAUGGAAUCCUCCCUUCCUACUCAUAUGGAAGGAAUUGCCUCCAACAGACAAAAAAACCCAAACCCCUUUGUCUUCAGCUUCUGUUCUGAAACCAAAACAACUCUCUUCUCUUGCACUGUAACUGUCAGAAUAUGUGUGCUGCUGUUCACACACUCCCCCCCCCCCCCCACCAUUUCUGUCACAUUUCUUCCUUUUAUCCUUAAUGUGAUUCUGUUAACAUACUAACAGCUUGGAGCUCAGUAACAGAGUGCUUUAGGGUCAAGAUUUUACUCCCGGAAUUCAUGCAUCCACUUCUCAAUCUGCAAUACUUUCUUUAGUGACCUUGCCUUUACUGUUGCGCCUGGUACCUGCUUCUCUCCUUUCCUUUCAAGUUCCUUUUAAGUUUUCAGCAUCUGUUUUGCUGCUAUGAUUUUGGAGGUGAUACCUCUUCUAAGUUGCUUCUCAAGUUUAGAAUCUUUUUCUAAUUAUUAAAAAACAGUUUUUAAAAAGAAAAAAAACCUCAUGACUUAUUUCUGUUAAAUUUUAUAUAUUUUGUGAACCUUAAUGUGAACAUAUGUUUUAUUAAAAUAUUUAUAUUAUUUGAAACAAUGCAACUUGAAAUUUGCACAGUUAGGACUUUUUUUACGUAUAUUUACUCUUGUGUUGAAAGUUACAAACUUAAAUGUAUAAUUGAAAAACAUUCUCUGAUAUAAAGAAAUAAAUUAUUGAAGGAUUGAAUUUGCUAUUUUAUACUGAUGAGAGAGAGCACAGUUGAGCAUGGACACCCCCUGAAGAAAGCAUUUCUGUUCAGGACCACCAUUCAGCAUGUUACCAAGUGCUCCCUCGUUCAGAUGAUGUAGCCAAGCGCUUUGAGGAGGCGAUAAUUUGCUGUAAGCCUCUGCAUGCCCUCACCUUACAUCAUCGUCCUCUCGGGAAGAGCUCCCGGGGCCGUGGUGUGCAGUCAGUGUGCAUAAGGACUUAGCUCCUGUGGGUGCAGAGUAUCUCCAGUCCCCAGAACUAUGGGCGUGGGAGCAUAAGGGUGGUGCAGGACCAGGCUGCAAGGGAAGCUAAGGUAGACUGACUUGACUUUGCUUUCUUCAUUCACCCAUCAGUUAUGCCAAGGAUUCCCAAACGACGUUGCUUGAGUGCCACUUUGGGAGGCGGUGAUGGCAGCAGGUGAUGCCCACCUCUGCCCGGCCAUGCGUGCAGCCCCAAAGGCACAGGCCAGCCCUACCACCGCCCCUCACCAGGGGCAGCAGGGAAGCCUUUUGGUCAUGGUGUCUGGGUUGCUCGAUAGCUUCUGAAAAGCAAGUUGACAGCUGCUACUUGAAAAAGUAGUUGAAAGCAGUGUUUUCUUCUCAUCCCAAGCUCAGCCUAACCCAGCCCUACUGCCAAGGGAUUUCUGCACUGUAACGGUCCCUCAGUAUGGCAUGAGUAUGCCUGUGCGGGCACUCGGGUGUUUCAGACCUCUGCCUGGACAGGCAAUACUGUACACUACCAUGACUUUUAGGUGUUGCCCCUGAGCUGAAGGAAAAAAUUAGUUGGGGCUGCAAAAAUCCCUCUGCAGUCAGGAAAGAGGACCCUUCUCUAAGAGGCUGACCUCUCCAGGUCAGCUGCUGUCUAUCCUGGUUAACUCUUUAAUCCCUUCCGACUGUUCAGGAGCACACUUCAGCACAUGCUUCAGUGCUGUCCCAAUUGAAACUAUGUAGAUGUUAAGUUCCUGAGCACUUCUGCCACAGGUUAGCUGGUCCUUGGAAUUCACUCAGCUCUCUAGCCCGUAUUCCUGGAUGCCUGUCCACCUUCCUGAUGCGUGCUGCUCUCCUUACAAUUUAGCCCAGCUCCCUCUGGACUCAUGUACCCCUCCUUUCAGAGCAUACAACCUAGAAGUCAGCCUACUCCCGCCAGAGCAGAGCCUGCUGGAUCUACCAACCCCAUCUCUACAGCAUAUUCCUCUUUUUCAAGAUCUGACUCUCCAUUUAUCCGUACCCUCCUUCCCCUUUCUUUACAACUCGUGCAACUCAUGUGCCCACCAGAUUCAUCGAACUUCUGCACCAGGCAGACACCUUGGUGCUGAAAGAGUGGGCAAAGACUGGGAGGGAUGUCUGCAGCUGGGCACCAGGAGAUGGAGGCAGCUCAUAGCAUCCAGCCUCAGCAGCCAUCAGCCCCUGCUUGCUGAAACGGCAGAGCAUCCAUCAUGACACCUUCAGUGUCAGGAGGCUGAUUAACUCCAGUUGCUGUUAACUGCAACUUCUGCAGAGAGGAAGGAUUUCAGAUGCAAUGCCUCAGAUCCCACUGAUAUUUCUCUGCUGUUUUCUGGGCCCAUUACUCAUAACCCUGAAGUCACAUGAGACUUGUCUCAUUCUGAAGCUCCCAUGUAAAUGAGUGCCCAGCCUGUCUCUUGUGAUUUACUUGUGUGGGAACAUUAAAGCCAGUAGGGCCUUGUUUUUAAAAUACUCUGGUAUUUCCCUAAUGUCCUUCGGGGAUUUUGACCCUCUGAUGUUUUCUGCUCUUUGUCCAGACACCUCUUCAAGUUCAUGUAUUUUUUUCCUUCCUGUUCUGCAAGAGAGAACUUUUAUUUGGAGUCUCCCUUUUCAUGACCACUUCUGGAAGUCUCUUCACUAAGACACAAAUCUUUCAUAGUCAAAUAUUCUUUUCUUAGCAGAAAGGCAAAACUAAUAUGAAACAAUUGGCUUAACAACUACUUGCAUUGCGCUGCAAUUCCCUAUAACAUAGUGCAGGCUGUGCAGGCUGUGCUUACAUAUUCAUUUUGUUUGGGGAAGGGAUACUUUUAGAUGAUUAUAUGAUGAUCUGAACAUUAUCUAUGCUUCUGGAUUUCUCAGGGUUCUAACCACUAUAUUAAUAGAUAACUUAUGAUAUAGAAAAGAAGAAAGCACUUACUACAUUUUCAGUGUAGAGAGAAAGUAGAUUAAUCUUUUGAUACAUCAGUGCUCUGCUUGGCAAGUCUUUGGUGUACUUUGAAGCACUAGGCCACUUAACAGGUCUGGGAGCACCAAACAGCAUGUACUGUGUUAGAUCAAAACACUUACAUCAAGCUACUGACCUAAGUGUGUAUCCCAGGAGCCCCAGGCAGGACUCAGUGUGGUCAGCGGUUUGCAGGGAAAGCAACAGCAAAUCCCUGCUUUUACAAUUUCAGGUGCAGGCUGUGAUAUUCUACAUUUACACAGAAGGGAAAGGCAUCAUAUUUAUGGCCUGUGAGCCACCUGCCCAUCCUUUCUUCCUGCACUUGUUCAGCCCCAUCCCCAUCCCACACAGUACUCCCCCUCACCCAGCAGAGCUGAAGAGAAGAGUUACCUGCAGAUGGAGGGGAUCCACAGUCUGCAGUGCUACUCCUUCGCUGCAGGCAGACCUCACAGGAGAGCUGUGCCUCUCCGAGGUAGUUAUCAAGAAGUGGUUAUUUAAGUAAGGAUGUCUUAUCUGAUGAGCCAUUCAUGAGUUGCUUGCCAUGCAACUUGGUGUACAGAUUCCAGCUGACCCACUGACAGCCUGGAGCAAGUAGGAGUGUAAUAAAUAGAAAUGAAAAACUUUCAUCUGAGUUAGUGUAAAUGUAGGAGUGGCAUCAUAUCUACUUUUUAUGUGCUUGAUUGAAUUACAGGUGACAGCCAUUUUGCCAGCUGUCUUUCAUCCCAAUUUCCCUGCAUAUGCUACAGACUGUCCUAAUCUAUACCACCCCAUUCCUCAGAAGUGUCUAAAGUCAGUUAAAUCAUCCAUAUCUGGCAGCUGUGACCUUUAUGCUGACAGUGAUAGGCAUAGGAGAAAAGGUGGUCCAGUGAUUAGGAUACACACAAAAAAAAGACUCCCAUCAUGAGACCAAAGCUCUUGGGAUAUGCUAAGGUGUCUUUCCCACCUGGGACUGGGGUAUUUGACUCUAAGCUCCUUUUCUGAACAGGCACAACAGGGACUUUAAAGCUGCUAUGUCAAGGAGGUAGUCCACCUACUGAAAAAAAUAAUCUUAACCUGCUCAUCCCUAGCUGUAUUUAGGAGGCAGUGAGUAUGCAGGGAUAUCUGGCAGGGCCAGACUUGGUAGUUCAGAUGCCCAGGACAAUGCUUUGUUUGAGACUCCUGCUGAGACUUUGGCACCAGGAAGGCCUCUGAGCACCUCUGCAGCAUGGGAAUGGGGACACAGCCUCACCAGAGAGAUCCUCAGUAUCUGGGGAUUUUACUGACAGAGGGGCUGAAGGACUUUGAGGCAGUAUUUGUGGGGGCCUGUGAAGAUUUCAGUUGCAUCUAGAUGUUCGAUAGAAGUGUUCUGGAUAUAAAUCUCCAAAAAUUCAUGCUGAGCAUAACUUUGUGCACUUGGGGCCCUGAGGCCACAGCACAUGACAUCAGCUUGUGCAUUCAAUCUGUGCAAAAUAAGUGGUUCAGCACAGUGAUAUGACGCAUGUUUUGUUCAGGUGAGAGCCACAGGGGAGGAGCAACUGCAUAAUUUUAUCCUACAUACUUGAGUAGGACACUAUAGUGUAAUAUGUACAGCACCGAAAUAGAAAAUGACAACACUGAACAGUUACAAUUUCAGUUUAUAUUAAACUGCCACGGUCCCUUAAAAUCCAGACUUAGAAGUACAGGUGCCUUUACCUCCGAGUGCUCCAAUUCUCAGGUGCUCGCAUUUAACAUGCAGUGCAGCAAACCUGGCGCUGAUGGGAGCAGAUUCAAUGGACUAACAUAAACAUUCAAUCAUUUCUGUGCUGAUGCUUUCUCCCACAUUGGUGAUAGAUACUGAUAGCAUCAACCCUUGCCUGGUUCAGAAGGGCUGUCCUAGCUGCAUAGGAAGAAAGACAAAAUGUUUGGAAGUGGUUUAAUUGAGCUGCUACUUCGUUAACUCCCCUUUCCUUGACCAUCCAUGGUUAUUUUGGAGAAGACUGCCACUAGCUCUUCACAGGUUAUUCCUCUAGCUCUUCAAUUGAGUAGGACACAUUUAUAUGGACCUCACAGCCCAGCCCUGCUCCUGUAUGAGCGUUAUCACUUUUCAACCUGCGGCCGAGCCGACUCUGUCAGUCACCCUGCGAUCCGGCAGCUGACUCCCGCUGCCGGCUGGCCGGAGCCGUGGCUGUCCUGGGCAGCCCAGCACCCCUACAAAGGGCUCUUGUAGCCCUUUUGCGCCAAACAGCUGCUGUAGGAAAGCUAGUCAGCUCAGUGUGAAUAUGUCUCCAUUUGUCAAGAUAAAUGUCUAUUGAACAAAAGCCUGUAUGUAUAAACACAUACAUAUAUAU